AACCAUUAUACACGAAUACGGAUUUGAUAUAUUCUCUUCUUUUGCGUCAGGCACGGCCACCGGCGGCGAUGGAGUCUUUGUUAGCCAAUUAUGCUUCCUCCGACGACGAUGAACCCCAACAAAUCACUCACCCUCCUCCUCCUCCUCCUCCUAAAGUUUCCUCUCUCCCUCAACCCAAAUCUUCUUCCCUUUUCACUAAUCUUCCGCAGCCUAAACAAUCCCUCAAAUCCUUCACAAAACACCACGACGAAGACGGAAACGGCGGUGGAGGAGGUGAAGUAGCUGUUCGUGUUCCCAAACCUGCUGUUCCUCAUCCCAAAAACCCAUCCAAUCUUUUCUCUCAUCUUCCCCAACCCAAACCACAACAGCCACCCAAUCCUCCUGUCGCCAAAAGAAUCGUUCAAUUCAAGCCUCCUAUAAACCCCAAUACCCACGUGGAUUCCGACGAUGACGACGAGGAGGAGAACGAAAGGCCAAAGCGGGGAGAAUCCGAAACCCUAGCUCAAGGUCCUUCCGUGAAAUCCUUUCUAUCAAGCAUACCUGCUCCCAGGAACUCCACUACAUUAGGUGUUGCCCCUUCUUCGGGUUCAGGAAGAAGAUCCAUUAUUGAUACCCAAGUCAUCCCCACGUCGACUUCAUCUACUUUUGAAGACAAAAAGGAGGCAAGUAUUGAUAAUAACCCACCUAAUUAUUCGAAUUACGAAUGGGGUUCGGAUGUAAAUGCUGGAACCACUGUGGGUUAUAAUAAUUAUGUAAAUUAUGAUCAGUCGAGUGUUGAUCAAAAUUCAGGAAACUAUGGAAACAAUGAUCAAAAUAUUGGUAGUUAUGCAAAUUAUGCUGAUUAUAGUAGCUAUCAAUCGAGUAGUGAUCCGAAUAUUGGGGGUGUUGAUGCUGCUACUAGUUAUGGGAGUUAUGAGAGUUAUGGGAAUUACCAUGUACAAUAUGAGAAUAAUUGGGGUGAUGGGUCAACUACGGCUUCUAUGUUGCCUGAGACCAAAGGGAUAGCUGACUUUGGGGUGAAAGUUAAGGGAAAGAGAGGGAGGAAUGAUUUACCAGUGGAAAUUGUUGAGGUGAAGCAGGAUGAUCUUACGAAGAAUCGGCCCAGGGAAGACCAGGUCAAGAUGACUGGAAUAGCUUUUGGGCCUUCUUACCAGCCUGCUUCGUCAAAGGGUAAACCGACUAAACUUCACAAGAGGAAGCAUCAAAUUGGUUCACUGUACUUUGAUAUGAAGCAGAAAGAGAUGGAGCUGCAAGAGAGGCGAUCUAGAGGUUUGCUCACUAAAGCUGAAACACAAGCCAAGUAUGGAUGGUGAUUUUGUAGUAUUAUUGAUCUCCCCCUAUGAAACACACCAAUGUUGUUUGAUCUUGUUUGUUUGUUUAUUUACUUGCUUGUAUCUGAGACUAGGAAAUAGUGUCAAUGAUAUGCUCUAGCUCUACUAUUUCUUCAA